CAUUCGGCUACUUAUUCACAGAGUAAUGUAUCAAAAGGCCAUGUUUAAUUUACAUACAAAACUAAGAGUUCAAGUUUAUAUUGCUUAAUAUGUUACAAGAAAACAAUGAAAUGAAGACACAUGUGUCAGCCAAAUAAAAUUAAAAACGUUUAUAAAGACACGAAAAGGGAAUGAUCUAUAGUAGUAGCUGAGCAUUCAAUCGCAAUAUAUCAAUAUGUCUCAUAAUAACAAUAACGGAGUAACCGAUAGUUGUGACAUUAAACCUGAGUCUGAGAUCGAUGAUUACAAAAAUAUAAUUAUCACAAAAAAAAUUGGAACUGAUUAUUCUUAUAAACACAAAAUAGUGUGGAAAAAUGCUAUUGGAUUUAUAUUCUUACAUACCUUGGCUUUGUGGGGUCUAUGGUUAUUCGCUACUGGAAGCAUCAAAUUUACAACGUAUUUAUGGACUGCAAUCCUGAUGUUUACCAGUACGGAAGGUGUAACAAUAGGAGCUCAUAGGCUAUUUGCACAUAAAUCGUUUAAGGCAACACCGCUUCUGAAAGCCAUUUUAUUAAUAUUUCAAACGAUGGCUGGGCAGAACUCCGUUUUUAUCUGGUGCCGCGAUCAUCGUCUGCAUCAUCGCUAUUCGGAUACCGAUGGUGAUCCGCACAACUCUAAAAGAGGAUUUUUCUUUAGUCACAUCGGUUGGUUGAUGUACAAAAAACAUCCGUAUGUUAAGGAUCUAGGGCGACGAAUCGAUAUGAAAGACCUUGAAGCUGAUUGGAUGGUAAUGUUCCAAAAAAAGUACUAUUACUAUUUGUAUUUUGUAUUUGCUUUAAUUAUUCCCGUUGCCCUGCCGUAUUAUUAUUUGGGAGAAUCAUUUAAGAAUUCUCUUCUAGUUUGCUAUUUCUUCCGUUAUUUAUUGCAAUUAAAUGGAACAUGGCUAGUCAACAGCGCAGCUCAUCUUUAUGGAACAAGACCAUAUGACAAGAAAUUACAACCUGUCGAAUCGUGGUUCGUCUCUUUUAUAAGUCUCGGUGAAGGCUGGCACAACUAUCAUCACACUUUCCCUUGGGACUAUAAAGCAGCUGAACUGACAAUGCACUUCAAUCAGUCUGCAAAUUUUAUAAGAAUUUUCGAAAAGUUAGGAUUAGCUUAUGACCUAAAAACUGCAUCACCAGAAAUGGUGGCUAGACGAAUCAUCAAAACAGGAGAUGGAACCCACUAUGCACUCGGGAAUGAAAAAGAUAGAAAUGCAGUUACUGCUAUCGGAAUCCUGCACCCCCUCAAUCCAUCCUACAAUGCCGUAUAUGAAGCACCCGAUGCAGUUUUAGAAGAUAAAGGAUUACCGUUGUACCACGAAAAUGAUGUUAUUGACCAAAACGUACUUAAGAGAAAAGUUGUUGCUGGUUGAUUAUACUAGCUAAUUCAUAUUUUCUUCCUUUA